AUGGAGUUCCCAUUUUUUCAUGGAAAGAUUACUAAAAGAACCUGUGCAGAACUGCUGAACAAGAACAGAAAGAAUGGUAGCUAUUUAAUACGAGAGAGUGAAAGUGUGGAAGGAGCCUUGUGUCUCUGUGUUUUCUUUGAAGGCAUAAUCUACACUUACCGUAUCUUCAGGGAACAACACGGCUAUUUUAGAAUACAGUGUUCUGAAGGUGUUCCACAGAGGACCUUCAGAACAUUAAAGGACCUAAUACACGUUUAUGAAAAGCCAAAUCAAGGACUUGUAACAAACCUCCGCUACCCAGUAAAGAAACCAAGGGCCUCACAAAGAAGCCAAAGUUUCAAGUCAGGAAAGGAUAACAUUUAUGAUGACGUUGAUGACAGCGACUACAUCUCUGUCCUACCUGACUGA